UAUGAAGCACAGCAAACCCGACCCUGGUAUGGAUUCACUACAGUGCGAGGUAUCUACAAUGAGCGAAAGGUGUUUGAUUGAAUGCCUUUCGUUGUCCGCCAUGCUCUCUCUCCCUUCGAGCUUCGUGCGAGACCUCUCCAACGCCCGUCUUCGUUCCCAUGAGAACUCGCCCGUCACUCAGAUUAGCUGUAGCUGUACCCGUGGACGGAAGCGCAGCGUCGUCACUUCGGAAAGUGUAGCGGAAGAUACUAGGAAACAUGGUAGUGCCUCACUGAUCACCGAAAGAAUCUCCAGUGCUGACACUCCAGUUGCAGGAUGUCUGUCCACUGGUCAACAGGAUUCUGCUCCUCUGCUUCACGCAUUGAAAAUUUCUGCAGAAAAAGAUGUCGCCUGUUUCCACUUCCCUGGCCACAACCGAGGGAAAGCUGUUCCACAAUUAAUGUCUCAACUUUUCGGGCCAGAAACAUUUAGGUAUGACCUCCCUGAGCUUCCUGAGCUCGAUGAUCUUUUCUCUCCCAAUGGAGUCAUCUUAGAUGCUCAGAAACGAGCUGCUGAAUUGUUUGGAUCAUCGGAAACUUGGUUUCUGGUAGGAGGCACCACUUGUGGAGUCCAGGCAUCAAUAAUGGCCACUUGUUCCCCUGGUGAAACACUCAUCCUUCCAAGGAACUCGCACUUAUCUGCAAUUUCUGGUCUGACUUUAUCUGGUGCAGUACCGAAAUACAUCAUUCCAGAGUACAAUUCCCAGUGGGACAUUCCUGGCGGAAUCACCGCAUUACAGGUUGAGAAAGCCAUUGAAGAAUUGAAGGAAGAAGGUAAAACAGCAGCUGCAGUUCUCAUCACUUCUCCGACUUAUCACGGAAUUUGCAGUAAUGUGAGAGAAAUUGCAAAACUUUGCCACUCACAUAGCAUUCCAGUUAUAGUUGAUGAAGCUCAUGGUGCACAUUUCAGGUUCCAUGCUGAGUUUCCGAGCACUGCUCUUGAACAAGGUGCAGACUUAGCAGUACAAUCAACUCACAAGGUUCUCAACUCUCUGACACAAUCCUCUAUGUUGCAUAUGUCCGGGAAUCUUGUAGACAUAGACACCAUGAGUAGAUGCCUUCAAACUCUUCAGAGCUCAAGCCCGAGUUAUCUCCUUCUCGCAUCAUUAGAUGCUGCGAGAGCUCAGUUAAGUGAGAACCCACUAGGCAUUUUCAACAAGGCCAUGGAUUUAUCACUAGAAGCCAAGGGCAAGAUUAGCAGAAUACCAGGAAUCUCAAUCCUGAAUUUACUGAGCUUCACUUCAGGCUUCCCUGCUAUCGAUCCUCUACGUCUCACUCUUGGUGUAUCACAGCUCCAAAUAUCAGGCUACACAGCUGAUGAUAUAAUAGAACAGAAACUAAAUAUCUACUCCGAGUUGGCAGGGAGCCAAUCGAUAACAUUUGCAGUCAAUUUAGGUACUCAAAGAGAGUCCAUUCAAAGAUUGGUUUCCGGAAUGAAUCACUUAUCUGCUACUUUCUAUCAGAAAAGGAACCAAUUAUGCAGAAAUGCUGAUAAAGUUUGUGCACCAUUUGAUGAUGUUACGGUGAAAUUAAGUCCCAGAGAGGCUUUCUUUUCGAGGAAAAGAAAAGCCAGCAUCAGAGAAAGCUUCGGGCAGGUAUGUGGAGAGAUGGUAUGCUCAUAUCCACCUGGAAUUCCGGUUCUAAUCCCUGGUGAAGUUAUUACUGAAAAAGCAUUGUUGUAUCUUUUGGAUGUCAAGAAAAUGGGCGCUGCAAUUAGUGGAGCUGCUGAUCAGCAACUGAAUUCCAUUGUUGUUUGCAUUGUUUAGAAUUUCUUGAUUGAAUUCUCAUAUUGAUGUGAACUUAACAUGAGCUGGAAAUUGUUAAGAACAAUAGGUGGUAGCUUGUAAUUUUAGGUACUUUAAUAAUAAAUUAAA